AAGAAAGGAUUGAGCGUGUAUUGCGUAAAGUUCAAAAAGGACAAUAUGGAACGAAAGCAGUUCCUAAGCUUACUACUCCCUUGAAUCAAUCACAGAAUCAAGGGCAAGAAUCCUCUCCACCGCCACUUUCUCCAAGAUCACAGAAUCGUACCAGAAUUGGCUCAAACUCGAGCCUCAUUGAAGUUAUACCGGAAGAAUCAGAGCUACCUUCACCGCGUUUAAAAAAUUUACAUUCAGCAACAGAGGAACUGCAAUCCCCACGUUCAUCCUCCGCCACAUCGAAUAAUUCUAUUGGAUCAAACAGCUCACUUAACUCAGUUAAUACAUCAAGCACAUCAACACAAGGGCAAUCACCAGUGCUGGACAGUAAUUGGAUACUUUCGGAUAAUUUGGGGCUGCAAGAGUUGCUGAUAUUAGUGAGAUCGGGAGUAGAUGUAAUUGAGGUUAAGGAUAGACGACAAAGUGGAUGGUACAGAAAUGAUGAUCCAGAAAAGAUUUUGGAGAUAAUCGGAACUAUAGAAAUUAGAGAGGAAAUUAAAGAAGUAUAUGAAGACGUUAAUAAUGAAUUGGACGAAUUGGAACAGGAACUGGACCAAAUAAUGGAAAAUGCCAUAAAAGCUUUCUAA